AUGACAAUCGCGCAAUUGGAGCUUCGAGAUCCGUCCAAAACUCUCCACAGUAUCAUGUACUGCCAAUCGAUUCGCCGAAUUGGUAGAUGUCAAGCACCCAAUUCCUUUCAACCGUUAUCGGCACUCUGUUCUGUGUUGGGCAUUCAUAAUGACUUCUGCCCGCGGUUUCUAAAGCGGCAUGCAACCAGUGUCUCCGAAGGCCAGACCUCGUCUCUCGAAUCCAGUGUUGCUGAACAGGGCUCUGACGGCCCAGGAAAUUCCAAAAAUGUUUCGCAAAAACAGCGAAGACGAAGGCAUAAAAAGCAAGAUAUAUUCGUGGAUAGCUUAGAGGCGACACUUGCGGCACACCGAGCAACAAAUCGAGCUUCGAUUAUAAAAAAGAUUCCUUCGAGUAAUAAACGCCCUGCCCUGUCACAGGCAUCUGCGGCUCCCACGCCCCAGAAGAUCAUUGAGGACACCCAAGUCAAGGUUGCGCAGCGAAGCGGCAAAGGAUCACGUUCAAGGUUUGCUAAAAAGCAUCACCGACUUGCACCCCGCCAGCCUGUGACUGUUCUCAACACCCGUAUUGCCCCAUUCAACGGUUCUUUGGAGAAAUACGGCACACCAUGGCUUGCGCAUCUGAAAAUCAACGAGAAUGACGGUUUUGCACGUCUCGACGCUGAAAUUGAGGCCUUCGACUCGUACAUGAGUCUUACUAACCGGGAGCGAUUGGCCCGGGAAGAACUCCAGCGGAUGGUCCAAUCUGAUGUGCAAACAUUUGUUCCGAACUGCGUUCUCAACCCCUCAGGCUCCUCUGUGACUGGCUUAGCGCUACCCCUUUCCGAUCUCGAUUUCCAGUUGGGCUUACCAAAGGAGGAGGAUAAAGGAGACGACAGAGGGCCCAGUGCUAGGCGUCCAGAGAUUGUCAAACGUACAAUGCGCAGGCUUCAAGGGUUGGCUGCAUUCAUGAGGAAUACAGGGCGAUAUGAGGACCUCGCUUUUCACGGGUUUCGAAUACCCAUUAUCAAUGGCACACACAGAGCAACAGGACUGAGCAUACAGAUCACGGCAACUGAUGACUCGAUUGCAUCGCAAGAAUACGUUCGGAAUUAUCUAGCGGAGUUCCCCGCCGCCCGGCCACUUCAGAUCCUUCUUAAGAGUGCGCUGAAUAUGCGUGGCCUUAGUGAAGUUUAUCAGGGAGGGUUGGGCUCAUAUAGCCUCUUCAUGAUGGUUGUGGCGGGCUUAAAAUUAAAUCCUCUUCCUCGCGAACACGGAUAUCUUGCAAAGCAGCUUUUACACUUUUUGCAAUUUUGGUCGGAACUAGACUGUCAAAAUAAAGGCGUUUCAGUAGAUCCUCCCGGUAUUUUUGAAAAGAGGGAUGCAAAACAAACGUUGUCUAAAAGGGAGAAGGAGGCCGCAGCAAACGAUCCUAUCAUCCGGGGCCAACUCAGGAUCUCUUGCCGCAGCGAAUCACAGCCCUUCCUGCUAUGUUUGCAAGAUCCCGCAAAUGAAUUCAACGAUCUAGGCUUUCGAAGUUACAAAUUCGAAGCCAUCCAGAUCAUCUUCCAGGGGAUCCUGAGAGAUUUAAGGAAAAGUAUGGACGCAUUUGAGCAACACGCAACCACGUCUGCCCGUGAAGUUUCACUAUUGCAGAAGCUUGUAGGAGGGGACUAUGAUGAUUUUGAAGCUCGAAGACAACGGGUAUCUAAAUAUAGAUUCUAA